AUGACGGUGAACUGUACCCUGAAAAAGAUGAACUAUUUCGAAAAAAAUGUCAACAGUGCUGUAUGCAAUCAGGGAAACUUUAGAGAAGUACUUAGGUUAAUGACGCAAUCAGGUGAUGAGAGACUCAAGCGACAUCUGAUGACUUCAUCUGCCCGGGCAACGUACGUGGGGAAGAAUACUCAAAAUGGCCUUAUUAAUUGCAUUGGUGAUGAAAUUCUUGAAAGUAUUUUACAAAAAGUACGUAGCGCAGAGUAUUUUGCAAUAAUGUUCGAUGAAACAACGGACAUAUCACACAAAUCUCAAUUGAGUCUAGUCUUCAGAUACGUUACAAGUGCAGGGCAGGUCCACGAAAGCUUCGUAGGAUUCAUUGACACAUUUGACGACAUUUUAGAAACAGAGAAAAAACAGAAUGAAGCAGAACAGGAUGAUGAACAGGAAGAAGAACGAAGAGAACCUGCAACUGAAACAAAGUUAACAGGGGAAGCAAUAGGGCUUAUCGUUAUACGCAUGCUGCAGAAGCUACGACUGAACCUUGACAAAUGCAUUGGAAUUGCAACAGAUAACUGCUCUGUAAUGGUUUCAGAGUUGAAGGGUGCGGUGCAAGAGAUACAGAAGUAUGCGAGAAACGCCCUUCGCACUCCCUGCUUCAGUCACAAAUUAAACUUGUCCCUUUCGAAGUCAAAUCAAGUUAUCAGCAUUAGAAAUGCCAUCGGAACGAUGAAGAGCUGUGUGACUUUUUUUGAUGACUCUCCUAAGAGAAAUACGGUUUUGAAAACUAAGCUGGGUCAUCAACUGUCAGGUCUUUGCGAGACAAGGUGGAUUGAGCGCCAUGAUGGUGUUCUACAGUACACAGUGGAUUUGCCUAAAGUUAUCGAGUGUCUGGAUGAAAUCAGCGAAUGGGCCGAUACGUCUUCAUCUAGUAUGGCUGUCCAGCUCCGCGCAGCGUUGACAGACCCCUUUUUCCUUGUGGCUGUUUUCUGUCUUAGUGAUGUUCUCGCGACCACCUUGCCUGUCAGUAAACUGUUACAGAAGUCCUCACUCACUUUGGACGUAGCGACGUCAGAAAUAUCUAACCUUGUGUCGGUUUUGUCUUCGCGCCGUGAGAAUAAUGUUGAGCACUUCAAAGGCAUCUGGAAGAAAAUCGAAGACAUGACCAAAAUUCUUGAUGUCGUCAUUCGAAUUCCAAGAAGAUGUAUCCGUCAAGGAUUCCGAGAUAACUAUUCAACGGACUCACCGCAAGAGUACUUCCGUCUAGCCGUCUUCAAUCCUCUCCUUGACUUCAUUGUGAUGGACCUUAAAGACCGAUUUCCACCCGAAGUAAUACAAGUAUUCAAUUUACCUUGGCUUCUACCAGAGAAUAUGCUAAGUUCUGCGGCUGACUUGGACCUAAAACAAAAAGCCACACAGUUUGUAGACUCAUUUUUUUCAUUGUUGCCUUGCAGUAGUCCUGAAAUGGCAAAACUGUAG